AUAACCUUAAAUUUUCAAUUAACACAAACACACACAAUGGGAGGCGGAGCGAUGAGGGUCGCGGCCAAGGUGGCGGGGAUCACCGCCGCUUCGGGUGGUCUUCGCGGCAUCGCGGCGGAGCACUAUUCGGUCUCCUCUGCCGCCCGAAGGGCCGCUUCCAUCCGUCCUCCGGCGGCCACCGUGGAGGAUGUGAAGCUUGUGACUUCGCAGGUGGAGGCUGGGGUGCAGAGGCCUUGUUUGGAGAUGGAUGAUUGGGUGUUCGCUGGUGGGGAGGAGGAGGCUGUGGUUGGGGUCGCUGACCCGAUGCCGAGGGUUGUGUUUGGCGGGGUGCCAACUCUUCAGGAAGCGAGAGAGGCCACUUCUGAACUCACGGCUGCUCUUGACAAGACCUAUCUCUCAUCACCCAAUUCAGUUGGAUGUGAGGGUUCCUUUGUGGGAGAUCACGGGUCUAGUUCCCCUCUUUCAGACAAACAGGCUGCAGAGACCAAAGCUUGUGUGACCACUGGCAUUGCUGUUGCACCUGCAGUACCAGCCCCUGCGAUUAUGGCGUUUAGGUUUUUAAGUGAAAGCUCUGCGGCCCAGAAUGUUGUUGCUUCUAUUGCCUGUGAUCCAAAUGUUUGGAAUGCGGUGUUACAAAACCAAGAGCUUCAGGAGUUUCUGCAGUCACAGAAGACAUCCUGCUCGAGCAUGAAUCUGAAUUUGGAGUUGGUUGCAGAUACUGAUAAUCUUGAUCAGGCAAAAACAUUUAAUGACUCAUCCAAGCAUGCCAGUGGAUAUAAGGAUUUUCUUCAGAAGAUCAGGUGUACUAUCGUUGGUAUGAUGAGCGGCUUGUCUGAUUUCUUCCAAAAUUUCUUUGGAGGUAAGGGAACGAAUAGAGUGGUUGUGGAUUCUGAUGGAACUGCAAGAGUAACUGGGGACACUUGGAUGGAAGCAUCUUUUAUGGGUUUAGCAGUCAUGGCCAUACUGGUGAUUGUGCUGAAACGAGCGUAAUCAUCAUUUGCAAGCUGAGUCUUGGAAUUUGUCGAAGCUAAAACCAAGGGUGUACCUUGUUGCUUUCCUUACCUAGUUCUAUGUCCAUUACUUCUGAGUAAGAACUGAAAGAUUUUCCGUGGACUUGUCUUGAGCUCUCGUUGCAUUUAAACACAUGCCUGAGAUGAAGAUCUUGUUAUGGUUUUAAUG